GCUACACCCAACGAACGAUCCUCCUCCCAACUUCGCACUUUUCCAGCGCGAGAAUCGCGGUCGCGAAAUGAUAGCGAUGCCAAUUGACUAGCGACCAUGGCCACGGCACGAUCAGAAGCCGCUUCCCUGAAAUUGCUCAGGCGUGCGAGCACCGCCGGGCGUUACUGCUCCAUACCGAGACGGCCUGCUGUCGCCAACGCUACUCUCAAUCACACUGGUAUCAGUGGUCUCACCACGAGGCAGCAAACACGAGACUUCUGCGGCACGCCAUCGCCUUGGAAUGCACCAGCUGCUUCCCCAAAGCAGCUGAAGCGGCGCUCUACGCCUCAGCCUACGACUUCCACUGCAGUCCGGAGAACUUCGAGCGGAUCGAAACGAGAGAUCGCGGUACUCGGUGGCGGCCUGACUGGUUUGACGGCUGCCCAUUACCUUGCUCGUCAUGCGCCAGAUGCGCAAAUCACACUGUUCGAGGCUGGCCAGACCCUCGGCGGCUGGGUCCAUGGGUCUAUUGAGGACACUCCAGAGGGCAAGGUCGUGAUGCAACAGGGACCCCGCAUGAUCCGCUCUGCAAAGUUCGCCAACCGUUAUGACGACCUUGUCUUUUAUGAUGUGCUGGCCAGUUUGAACAUUCAGGACGAGCUUAAGGACGUUGGCGAGGCUGCCAGUAGUCGCUAUCUCUACUAUCCUGACCGUCUCGUACGGCUGCCUGGGCCACCGUUCACUGCACAGAACGUGGUCGAGAGCAUCAGGAGUCUCCUUACAGAGCCUCUGUGGGACGGUGGUCUGCAGGCAGCAAUCAACUUCCUGAGAUCGCAUGAUGGCAAGACACCAAAGACUGCUCAGACUCCACAACGCCUUGAUGAAGACGAGUCCGUGGGCCACUUCUUGGAGCGGAUACUCGGCGAUGACCGCCCAGUCAAAAAUAUUGUGUCUGCCAUGAUGCAUGGCAUCUAUGGCGGCGACGUGUACAAGCUGAGCGCCAAGCAUACCAUCUUUGGCAAGAUGUGGUACAAUGACGCUGGCGGAGCCAAUCCAUUUUCCGCAUGGACGGCUUACAAGGAGCUCAGUCUUCUGAGUGACAUCAUGGACGGCCCAAACCGCGCUGCAGUCAUCGAUAUGGCAAGCGCAGCGGUUUCGCGCAACAUGCUGUCGUUUGACGACGGUAUGCUCACACUGGUGCGUGCCCUGGAAGAUGACCUCAAGCGGUUUCGCAACGUCAAGAUCAACAUGCAGACCCCAGUCGUGUCUCUCAGUCCAGACGGCAGCGGGCAGGUUCAACUGAAGAGUAGGGACAGCUCAGGCAUGGUCGAGAAGAGAUUCAACAAGGUUAUUUCCACGAUCACGGCAAAGCAAUUAUCGAAACUCGCCAAGCCAAAAGGAGCUCUGGCGGCCCUGGGUCAGACAGAAGCUGUCACCAUUCAGGUCGUGACGCUGUGGUAUCCAGAGAAGGGUCUGCUCAAGAACAACCCUGGCUUUGGGUACUUGGUACCAAUCAGCACUCCAGACAACGAUGCGGGCAUCCUUGGUGUCAUAUUUGACUCUGAAGCCCAGACCCACAACGACGAGCCUGGCACGAAGAUGACCGUCAUGAUGGGUGGCCACCACUGGGACGGAAACGUGUACUUCCCGACGGACGAGCAGGCGAUAGAAAUGGCCAUCCAAGCUGUCACCAAGUCUCUCGGUAUCCCUCGAAUGCCAGGGAUGCGCACAACGACUCGGCUCUGCCGCGACUGCCUGCCCCAGCACUUUGUCGGGCACCGCAAGCUCAUGGCACGCGCCCACGAUGAGCUUCUGCAGACCUUCCAUGGUGGGCUGGCAGUCGCUGGGCCGAGCUACUCCCCGGCGGGCAUCAUGCCUGCUAUGCGUGCGGGAUACGAGGUCGCGAUGCGAGUCGCGAAGCAAAAGGCGCAGCCAUGGCUUGGAGACCAGAGACCAGUCCGGGAGCGAUGGUGGUCAAUGAUGCCAGAGCUCUCGACCCGUCCGGGAUUCGAUGUGUUCCGGCACGAUCACAUCGGCGAGACGGGACUGGAAGGGUUCUCGCGGCCCGAGGCGGAGAUGGUGGACCUGGUCGCAUCGGAUGCGCUCUUCUUUCGCGUGUCGACGCGGAAUUUCUCCAAGCUGGCCAUGGAUGACUCCGGCACUCCAAAGCAGGCGAUUGGGCUGUCCUUGAACCCCGCGAAAGCUCAGAACAGGCGAUCUUGAUGUUUCGACUGCAUGGAGGCGCUUGGGCGGAAAGAUGCCAAGCGCGGUUUACAGAACAGCAGCCAUCGGCUGGAUGUAUAGACAGAAGGCACGAUGAUGUGUAUAACAAUGUACAGCUCCGUCGUUUUUUUAGAAUCGGCAGAUAUAGACAAAAAAGCUUACUUUUGAGGCCUGCACGCGGCCCAAUACGAAUUUGACAACCUCGGA